GCCUCACGUGCUUCGGAGGUUUAUCUGUCUCGUUCGGAGCGCUGACGCUACAUCAUGCUCACGCUUUGGAUUCUGGGUUUUACGUUAGCAGUGGCUUUGGCCGAUGUUAGUCAUCUAGGCUAUGACUACAAAGUCCCACAAACCUCUUAUGGAUAUCCAUCAUACCAACUAGGUGAAAGUUCCUCUCACCAACAAAGCUCUAAAUUAGGCGAUAUCUCUGGAUUUUCCGGGUCGUCCGGGCUGUCCGGGUCGUCCGGGCUGUCCGGGUUGUCCGGGUUGUCCGGGCUGUCCGGAUUAUCUGGACUAUCUUCCGGUUACAGCUAUAAAGGGUCAAGCUUGGGAUCCACUUUUGGUUCGACUGGCUACCGAAACCAUGCAUCUGGAUCUGGAUAUUACUUUGGUGACGCUAAUUCGGCUGGCAGUGGAUUAACCAAUAACUACUACCCAUAUUAUUCUACCUCUGGCGCUGGUUUCAACGGAUUGUACUAUCCGAUUUCUACCAGCAGUGGCUCGAACUCGGAAGUCUCAGUUAGCCCGAUAUAUUCUACAAUCGGAGCUGACCUAUCGCAAAGCUUGAUUCCUACCUAUAAUUAUAAUCAAUACAAAACAAGUGCUGCCAGCAAAUAUCAAGAACACUACGUACAACAACAACCAACUCAAGUCUACAAGCACUUCUAUGUACACGCUGCUCCUGAAGAACCCGAAAUACCAAGACCACGCCCUCCUAUUGUACUCCCGCCUGCCCAAAAACACUAUAAAAUCAUUUUUGUAAAAACACCUUCUCAAACCCGUACUCCCCAAAUUAUUCCCGUACCCCAACAACAGGAAGAGAAAACUAUUGUUUACGUCUUGUCCAAGAAACCCGAAGAAGUCCAAGAUAUUCUUGUACCAAAAAUUGAACAAAAACCACCAAGCAAACCUGAGGUGUUCUUCGUCAAGUACAAAAAUAAGGAAGAUUCGCAAGCGGUCAUUAACAACAUCGUUAACGACUACAACAAAGAACAGUCUGUAUCUUUUUCCGGGCUUGACGAUUCACCACAAAACGUCUUUGGGUCUGGAGCUCAGACCAUACUUGACUCUGGUUCUAACUUCGGAUCCGGUUCUCUUGGAGUCUUUGGAGUAUCAUCACCUUCUCCUAUUCCACUUGGGCACUACACGGAACAGCUGUCUGAUUCCCCAGUAGAAAUCCCUGCUUCUGUGGGCAGCUUCGGAACUCAAACAGUUGCUGUUAAUCAACCUUCUGGUUCUGAUUCAUUUAGCGCUCAUCCUUCUUUAAGCCUUUCUGACUCUAGCGUUCUCAGUAACUCCCCUAUUUCAAGCAUCUCUUCCGUGUCCAGCGUACCUGAAAGCAGCACGGCUAUCAGUGGCAGCGGUACAGUUAGCUCCACGCCCUCUAGUCUCUUGUUGGACGAUGUGAAUACUAUAUCUACUAGUCAAGGAGUCCCACAUGAAACCUACGGACCUCCAAAAUUCCGUGCUAAUUAAAAUUUGUAAUGUACAUUAAAUAGCAGUUUUUCACUAUUAUAAUACUCUAUAUAUUAUUGUGAACAUGUACCUAC